AUGGCAAUCAGCGGGACCUCCAUGGGACCUAAGAGCUUAACACUAGUGCUAGUGCUUGCAUGUCUCACAUGCAUGCUAUCUGGGCGCGUGGAGGGCAAAGAUAUUAUGGUUGGUGACGGCAACUGGAAACUCGAUUACAAUUACACGGCCUGGGCAGAAAGUAAUAUGUUUAUGGUUGGGGACACCCUGGUGUUCAAUUAUACCAAGGGAAUCCAUAAUGUUCAUUCUGUAACCGGAGCUGAAUUCAAAGAUUGCUCGGGAAAAGGCUCUAUAGUAUUAGAAAGUGGAAACGAUCGCGUUGCAUUGAAAACGGCCGGAAAUAUGUGGUUCUUAUGUUCGAAGGCAGAGGGAGAGCACUGCAAAAAGGGCAUGAAAUUCAAAAUCACGGUUUUGCCCGCAACGACAGAUCUUGCACCAGCUGCACCACCCGCCUCACCACCACAAUCUAAGGCCGCCCCAUCUGUGUCUUCUGCUGCUUCUGCUUUCAUGGUUGUCAUCCUCGCCUGCAUGGCGAUUUUUCUCCUUUAA